AUGAAUGGAAAGAUGGUCGUUGUUAUUCUAGCUAAGGGAUCGGUGACUACUUCUCUAGUGUGUUUGAAGUGUCCUUUGUCGAUCUUUGACAGAGACUUUGCUGUUGAUUUAGUUUGUUUGUCGUUGAGUGGAUUGGAUGUGAUAUUGGGUAUGAACUGGUUUGAAUAUAACUAUGUUCAUAUUAAUUGUUAUAACAAAUAUGUGUGGUUUUCUACUCCCGUCGAGGAGGAGGAAAUUGGUUUAUUAUCUGCUAGACAAUUGCGGAAAUUGGUGGUACGUGAAUUUCCUGAAGUCUUUCUCGAUAAGAUUCCCGAUGUACCGGCAGAAAGAGGAGUUGAAUUUGCUAUUGAUCUUUUCCCUGGUACCAGACCUAUUUCCAUGGCACCAUACCGGAUGUCAGGAUCUGAGUUGAAAAAGUUGAAAAAGCAACUAGAGGAUUUACGUGAGAAGAAGUUCGUGAGACCAAGUGUAUUACCUUGA